CCGAGUCAUGUUGGGAAUCGUACGUAACCCUACUUCAUGAAUUCCAUCCGAAUUUCAAUGUCCGUCGCACGUCCUGCUUUCAAACCAGUUGGAUUUCUCAAAGAUGUAUCAACAUCACCAGUUCACCACACAGGCCGAAUUCGAGGGCAAUGUGUCGCGGUCCACCUUAGUCAAUGUCGUUUCAGCUUGUAACCAGUCCCUCGAGAAUGGCUCUCUUGUGCUUCGUGUACUACUAUUCUCUUUCGUCUUCAAGCUACGUAUUUAACCGGUCCAUCUGUCGGUAACGUCUCCGAUUGUACGGCCUACCCGUUGAUUUACGCCGCAGCUUUCGCAAACCAGUUCGGUCCCACCGAUCAAGGUACUGCUAAGUGUUUGUUUUCCCUUGAUUUUACGUCGUCCAAUUCGAAGAAAACACAUAAAAAGAUUGUGAUUUCUGUAGUUGCGAUAGUUUGUGGUGUAAUUUUCAUUUCUAGGGGUUUCUAGGUUUUGGUAUUUGUGGCGAAAGAGAAUAGUUAUGAGGGCAAAAAGGAAUAUUGUGAUCAAUCAGAUUAAUUUAGAUUCUGGGUUGGGGUCAAUUAGUGGAAGUACUACUUUAGUUAGGUUCACCUUUGAGGAAAUUAAGCAAGCUGCCAAGAAUUUUUCAAGGGCCAAUAUGAUUGGGAGAGGAGGGUAUGGGGAUGUGUACAAGGGUGUGUUGCCAGAUGGGUCUGAAGUGGCAUUUAAGAGGUUCAAUAAUUGUUCAGUGGUCGGUGAUGCUACGUUUACCCAUGAAGUGGAGGUUAUUGCGAGUAUUAGGUUAUUGUACUGUUACAACUUCUUUGGAGGGUCACCAGAGGAUAUUGUGUGUGAUUUGAUGGAGAACGGGAGGCUUCAUGAUCAUCUUUUCGGGGUGGUAGAGAAAAAGCUAAGUUGGCCUAUUUGUCAAAAGAUUUUGCACUUGGGACCACAAGUGGAGCCAUCAAUAAUGCAUAGAGAUAUUAAAGCUAGUAAUAUACUUCUGGAUGAGAGGUUUGAGCCCAAGGUGGCAGAUUUUGGCCUUGCAAAGUUCACGCCAGAGGGAAUGACACAUUGGAGCACUAGACUUUUGAGUGGGAAGAAGGCGCUGGUUGCGGCUAAUGAGGGGCAACCAGCUCUUGUGACUGAUUGGGCAUGGUCAGUGGUGAGGCAAGGGAGAGCCUUAGAUGGUAUGCCGGAUUUGGGCCCUCCAGAAGUUAUGGAGAAGUAUGUGUUGGUGGCUGUUCUUUGUUCUCACCCACAAUUGUAUGCUAGGCCAACAAUAGACCAGGUUGUGAAGAUAUUGGACACAGGCAUACUUGUUCCCACAAUACCUGAACGACCAAUUCCUCUUAUUGUGGAUAUUGAUGACAGAGAGAUCUGUGAGCAGCAGUGGUCAGGUAAUCUAUCUACGUCUGCUGGGUGCCAGCUAUACAAGUUUGAGAAUGACCGCCCUCUCAUUCUUUAGGAAGAAGGGGAGAAUUCAGGUUGCCAGUAGGAGUCAUUCAAUUUGCAAGGUCUCACACUAAUAUCCAAUUCUGAGCUUCCAUAAAUUCCAAUGCUCAUAUUUAUUUAUUUUUUAGAUUUGGAUGGCGUAGUUUUGAAGUUGCAAUUCCCCACUAUAGUCCCUUUGUUAAUUUAGCUUGUGUCCUGGAAUUGGAAUUGCUGAUUCUGUUUGUAAAGUGAGGAAUAUAUGUAGAAUGGGAAUUUAUUCUUUCGGACCUGAUAGUUCGAAACGGAGCAUGAUCACAGCUUUUUGCUGCUCAAAGAUGUCUUUUAAUAAGUUAAACUGCAUUUUGGCUAUUGAACACGAAGGCUGCCGCAGUUUUAGCAAACCAUAUCAGACUGGGAACAUAUACAAAGUCAUGUUCUUUAUGACAUUUGUUCUGACUAAAAAAACACAAAUCCAAUUCUUCUUCAAGCUUUCUGCCUUAUACCUUUUGCACCCUGUGUACAUAGGGUGACUCUGAAAUAGUGAUAUAUUCUGUCUAUUUAGAGCUUGGUGAUAUGCAAGGUGCUAUGAAGGGCAGGAGUUGAGAUUUGAUGGUAAGAGAUGACUGGGUAUUUCUACAAACAUAGUGGCUCGGGGGAUAUCUGUGUGUUCUGGUUCUUGAUAAUAACUCUUGAUGAUAUCGAUGACUCCCUUGUGAAGUGGAAAAAGAAACUUGUAUGGUGAACGCUGAUUCAAAAGAGAAUAUUGUUGUUCUUGUGCCAAUAUUUUUGCCUGAGAAUUGAGUGUAUGCAUUUGUAGUGAACUUUUUGGCUGAGGGGAAAGAAAGAUUUCAGGUGUCAUUCCUUCUUUCUCACUGAUUGCCCUGGCCGAAGCAGAGACUAUGGCUGCUUAUGUAUGAAGCGUCAACGCCUAUUUACAUUAAACAGAAGAAUCAUGUACCAUGGUUGGGCCAACAAAGUUGGAAUUUUAUUUUUGUUUAGUAACUAAGUAUUUGUUUGAUAGUAGUGGGGAAAUUUGAGUCGUAAUAGUGCAUUUUGAUUUGAGGCUAAUUCUUCUUUGGUGGCACUUACGAGAACUUUUCAGAGGGAUGGAUCCAAAACUCAGUAUAAGGUGACAGUUUCAUUAAUAUUUCAAAUCUUGAGUGAACUUGUAUAAUUCGUAGAUAUUCAUACCUUACGAUGGUAUUAUAGUCGGGAUGCCAGAUUGCUUUGUUUUCGUCAUCUUGGCAUGUACAAGAAUUAAAAAUAA